CUGUUUCUUGAAUGCUUGUUCAACCCACCCGUCAUUCAACAACUAACACUGGCCUGACAGGGGCAGUUACAGUGUAGGUGCUGAAGGCACAAAGGUGAAUAGUCUCCGAGUAGGGGGUGCUGCAGACUAACCUGGUGAUGGUGAUGAAAAGUGAUCAGUGCUGAAACAAGGCUCACAGAGGGCUGUAGAGAGGAGGCAGUGCUUCUGCAGGACCUUGGAGGAGACCCUUUGAUCUGCCUUCUCUGUGUCCACUUUUGCUCUCUACCCAUCAUAAAUCUGAGCAUGGCAUUCUCUGGAUUAAAAGCCUUUUGUUCCUCUGUGUUGGUCUUAGGAUAGAAACCAGAGUCCUUAAAAUGGCCCACUGGGCCCUGCAUAAUCUGUCCCUACCUACCUCUCCAGCUUUACGAGCCCCUACGUACACUUUGUUCUCUUUCUUUUCCUUUAACGUGGUCGGCACUGUCCCACUGAGGGGCUCUACAAGCUGGUCCCUCUCCCUGGAUCACCCUUUCCCCCCAUCUUUUGUCCCUUUCUUUGCCCAGCUAUUAAUAACUUCUACUCAUACUUCAGAUCUCAGUUAAAAUGGGGCUUCUUCAGGAAGUCUUCUGGGACCACCCCUGUCCCCACCCAACUCUCCUUACAGGGUAGGGACCCCCCGUGAUAUGUCCUCAUACUAUAUAUCCUGUUCUCCUUUGUAGCGCAAUUGAAAUGAAGUGGUCAUUUGUGAAAUUAUUUGUUUAGUGUUUUUCCUCCCAACUAAUCUGGCAGGGCUAUGAAGGCAGGGACUUCUUUUGUUUUAUUCACCAUGUAGGGGCAGGGCUGUGUGCCCUUGAAUAAGUUAUUUAGCCUUUCUAAGCCUCAGGUCCACAGCUGUAAAACUCAGAUGAUAACAUUACUGUCCUCAAAGGGGUUUUGUGCAAGUUUAGUGAAAUCAGGGUUGUAGCAAAGUUAGCAGUCCGUAGGCAUGGUACAUGGUUAGCAGUCAUUUGGGCAGUAAUGUGAUACGUGAAUCUGGACAUCAAAAGAGAGAUCUGGAAAAGAAACAGAUUUUGAAAUCACUGAUGAACAUGUAGAUGGGUGGUAAUUGAAGCCAUCAGUACAUAUAAAAUUGAUCAGGUACACCCUGACCCCAGUUGGAGACAGCCCCUGUGCACGGGUUGGUCACAGCUGCUCAUAUUUACCCCCUGUUGGUGACGCUGAGAGAGGGAUGGUCUUCAUUGUUGGGGGAGCAGAUCCAAACAGAAGCUUCUCAGAUGUGCACACCAUAGAUCUGGGAACCCACCAGUGGGAUUUAGCCACCUCCAAGAGCCUCCUGCCCCGGUACGAGCACGCCAGCUUCAUUCCCUCCUGCACACCUCACAGCAUCUGGGUGUUUGGAGGGGCCGACCAGUCAGGAAAUCGAAACUGCCUGCAAGUUCUGAAUCCUGAUACCAGGACUUGGACCACCCCAGAGGUGACCGGCCCACUGCCAUCCCCGAGAACAUUCCACACAUCAUCGGCAGCCAUUGGAGACCAGCUGUAUGUCUUCGGGGGUGGAGAGAGAGGUGCCCAGCCUGUGCAGGAUGUGAAGCUUCAUGUGUUUGAUGCAAGCACCCUGACCUGGUCACAACCAGAGACACGUGGAAAACCUCCAUCCCCCCGACAUGGUCAUGUGAUGGUGGCAGCAGGGACAAAGCUCUUCAUCCAUGGAGGCUUGGCAGGGGACCAUUUCUAUGAUGAUCUCCAUUGCAUUGAUAUCAGUGACAUGAAGUGGCAGAAGCUAACGCCCACCGGGGCAGCUCCCACAGGCUGCGCCGCUCACUCAGCUGUGGCCGUGGGGAAACACAUGUAUGUCUUCGGAGGAAUGACUCCCACAGGAGCCCUGAAUACGAUGUACCAGUAUCACAUAGAAAAGCAGCAUUGGACCUUGCUUAAAUUUGAAAAUUCUCCUCCCGCUGGAAGGUUGGACCAUUCCAUGUGUAUCAUUCCGUGGCCAGGGACGUGUACUUCUGAGAAAGAAGAUUCAAAUUCAGCCACUCUAAACUGUGAUGCUGAGAAAGGUGAUUCCACUGAGAAAGGAGUGACUCAAGGUGGUGACUCACAUGAAGAAAGUCAGGCUGACACACUGCUCUGUUUUGUGUUCGGCGGAAUGAAUACAGAAGGGGAAAUCUAUGAUGAUUGUAUUGUGACUGCAGUUGAUUAAUAAAACCCAUGUUUUUACCACUUUAAAAUGUCAAUUACUUUCAGAGAAGUUAAGUACAACAUUGUUUUCAUACCUCAAAAACUGCCUGCACUAUGUAUGUAUCCCUUUGGCUCUUACCUACUGCAGUAGGUGAAGAGAUGAACUGGAUAGCCCAGGGCAAAAACCUCUGAUAAAAGGGUUUUUUUAUCAGCAA